AAGGGAAAACACAAAAAAAAAGUAUCAGUAUCAGCUGCCGCGUGUUUUGCCGCCGGCCUGUCAACAGACGAAAGCCCCCUACACGUGCUAUAUCCGUUACCGUAACCGUUAUUCUAACCGCUGCCGUCACCACACCACCGUCACCUCCUCCACCUCAUCAUAAUUGGCCGCAGCAUCUCCAGCUUUGAGUGUAUGCGUGUUUGUGUGUGUGGGAGCCCAGCCUUCUACUAAACUGCCUGCGCACUCAGAAUCCUCGCAUACCGGCAUCCAGGACACAUAAAAACUACUCACCCACCUAGUCACCCACCUACCACACACCCACACACCACACACCACACAGAACUUCCUCCUACCCCCGGCCUAAAAAUAUUCGACAACAAAAUUCUCACCGAGGCAUCUAAAGCGCCCCUCAGGGCUGUCGCGCUGGCGUCAUUUCUGGGCGACGGUUUUGCCGCCCUCGGUAGCCGAGCACCACCGGUCAAGGAUCUAAUGGCAUUCGGUGCGGUUCUACACACAAAUCAGCACAAUAUCGGUCGCAGUGAGCCGCCCGUUGGUGUUGGCGAUCCCUGUGCCGGUUGCAAUAAGCCCAUAUUGGAUAAGUUUCUGCUCAAUGUCCUCGAGCGAGCCUGGCACGCGUCCUGUGUUAGAUGCUGCGAGUGCCUCCAACCUCUGACAGACAAAUGCUUUAGCCGCGAGUCCAAGCUUUAUUGUCGCAACGAUUUCUUCAGACGAUAUGGCACCAAGUGCAGUGGCUGUGGCCAGGGCAUUGCUCCCUCGGACUUGGUGCGUAAGCCCCGCGAUAAGGUUUUCCACCUGAAUUGCUUUACUUGCUGCAUUUGCCGCAAACAGCUGAGCACCGGCGAACAGCUGUAUGUUCUGGAUGACAAUAAGUUUAUCUGCAAGGACGAUUACCUGCUGGGCAGGGCGCCAUCCUGUGGCCACAAUUCGCUGAGCGAUUCAAUAAUGGGCUCAGCUAGUGAAGAUGAUGACGAUGAUGAUCCACCACACUUACGAGGACCGGCACUGGGAUUGGGCGUACUCGGUCCAAAUGGACCAGACUCAGCAGGUGGACCAUUGGGCACCUCGGAUAUAUCAGUACAAAGCAUGAGCACCGAUAGUAAAAAUACGCAUGACGAUUCCGAUCAGGGCUCCUUGGACGGUGAUCCGGAUGGCCGCGGCGAUUCUCAGGCGGAGAACAAAAGUCCCGACGAUGCAAAUGGCUCGAAGCGUCGCGGUCCUCGUACCACCAUCAAGGCCAAACAGCUGGAGGUAUUGAAAACGGCAUUCAAUCAGACACCGAAACCGACACGCCAUAUUAGGGAGCAACUGGCCAAGGAAACGGGACUGCCCAUGCGUGUGAUACAAGUUUGGUUCCAAAAUAAACGAUCGAAGGAGCGACGCAUGAAGCAAAUCACUAGCAUGGGACGACCUCCAUUCUUUGGCGGUGCACGCAAAAUGCGCGGCUUUCCCAUCAAUCUCUCACCAGGUGGCCUAGAUGAUGGCCCAGGGUUUCCCUACUUUGCUGCAGAUGCUAAAUUCGAGUUCGGCGGUUAUGGUGGGCCAUUUCAUCCGCACGAUGGUCCCUAUUUUCCAGGACAUCCCGGUGGACCGAUGCCAUUCAAUGCACCAGGCGGCCCCAUGGAUCACAGUGGCCCCAUACCCAUGGUGAAUGAGUUUGGUCUGACGCCCGAAUCGACAUUUCUGAGUCAGGCUGGGGCACCGCCAAUGCAAUUGCAAACAGCUGUCGGUCCCCCACCACCGCCGCCGCCCCCUAGUGCCGAACACCUAAUGGCUGCGCAGCAACAGGCGGCAGCCCAACAGCAGCAACAGCAACAACAACAACAGCAGCAGCAAGCGGCUCAAAAUGCGCAACAAGCUAAUCAAACGCAGCAGCAGCAGCAACAACAACAGCAGCAACAGUCCCAGCAGCAGCAACAGCAACAACAACAACAACAAAAUGGCCCGCGUACCGCAUCGCCCGAGUUCAUGAGCUCGGCGAACUUCAGCGAACCGCAGAAUAUGCAAAAUGAAGGUCUUGUUUGGUAAUAUACAAAACAGUUGGCAACGCGCCUGCUUUAUCUCAAAAGAGAGUGGGAGCGAGAGCGAGUGAGAGAGCACAGAGACGAUGUUGAAGAGUAGCGGUUAAUGCCGCUGCCUCCCGCCCAUUGAAGCUCUCACACACAAAUACACUCUAUAGCCAUCUCGCUCCAACACACAAACAAAUGCAAAAGCGAGUUAGAGAGAGCACGAGAGACACAGGGAGAGAGAGAGAGAGAAAGAGAGAGCGAGAGACGUAACGUAUCGUAUCGUAUCGUAUCGUACCGUAUGGCUCCCUAACUAUUCUUUUCUUUUUGUUUUUUUUUUAUUAU